AUGAUCGCGGUCUUUUUACUGCUGAUCGUAUGGAUCGCGAAUGCGGCAGCGCUCGAAGUGGCUUGCUACCAUUGUUAUGGCAACUCAACCACUGAAGGACAAUUCUGUUCAAUUGAUAACCUAUGUCUAGGAGAAUCGUGCUAUUUCACGGUCCAUUCAAGUGGAGAAUGGUCAGCGAGUUGCGCCAACAGCACGGCUCCUCCGACGCUUGUCUGCUCUACGAACAGUUCGUUCGUCAACGUGCAGAUGCACUGCGGAUCUGAUGCAACCAAUUCCGAUACGGCCAAUCGAAAUCUGACUCACAAACUUUUGGGGCAAACAUCGCAUUCACAAUUCAUUCACUUCAACUUGGCCAUUCAUUGGUCUCGAUGGCAAGAAGUGCAGCAUCGCGGUCGAUCUCUUUCUCGUUACUUGUGUGGAAAAACACACUUUGCAGAGGGAACAUUGCAUAACAAG